CUCGCUCUCAACGGGGUGGUCUCUCAAACCCUAACUUUUGAUUACGCUUUCAUUUUGCGAUUCCGAUUCCACGCCUCUUUAUUUUGGCGGCGCGUGGGCAUGUUUUAGUGGCUCGUGGUGGUCACGCCUUGUGUGAUUAAUGGUUUUUAGUUCACCUGCAUUGGAUAAUCGUUGCCGGAACUCUGCCGGGAGCUGGUCGGGCUGCCCCGAGCUCCUUCCUACAUGGCUUCUGCCGUCUCAGCCAAUCGGAACGAAUCUGAUUGGACGCAGCCGAGAGGUGGCGCUAAAUUCAUAGGAAAAAUCGAUUUCUCUAACCCUAACCCUAAAUGCUCUAAGAGGAAACAAUUCCAAGCAGCACCUGUAGUUGACAUCGAUGAAUCGCCACCCGUUACUCAAUCCGUUACAUCUGAUAACGCUUCUUCCAUAAAUCGGAGGCCGGGCGUUGUCAAUUCCGGUGGAUACGUCACUUUCAACGUAGCCUCGUAUUCGAAGAAGGAACUCACCGAGCUCAAAAGCCGCCUGCUCUCGGAUCUCGAGCAGAUUCGGCAGCUGAAAAACCGCAUCGAAGACAACGAUUUCCUUAUCAGAUCCAGCUCAAACGUUUUGCCCCGAAAAAAAUCUGCAAACAAAAAUAUUUCCGGCAACAAGCGUCCCUUGCCGUCUAGCUUCGGAAAUGAUAUUAAGAAAUCGACUCCAAAUCCGAAGAUUGCUCCAUUGAUGAAGGGUUGUGGCCAAAUUUUGUCAAAGUUGAUGAAGACCAAGCAUGGCUACCUCUUCAACAACCCCGUCGACGUGGUAGGGCUGGGUCUUCACGAUUACCAUGGCAUUAUAAAGCACCCGAUGGAUCUAGGGACCGUGAAGUUAAAGCUGGGUCAGAACUCGUACGAAUCCCCUCUCGAUUUUGCUGCUGACGUGAGGCUGACCUUCAACAAUGCGAUGACAUACAACCCUAAGGGCCACGAUGUGUAUGUAAUUGCCGAUCAGCUUCUGGGGAGAUUUGAGGAGUUGAUUCGUCCGCUUAAUGUGAAAUUGGGUGAUAAGAAGCGGCAACAGCGGGAUUACCAUGAAGAGUUUCGGUCAUCUUCUUGUAAUCGUAGUGAGCCAGAGAAGGUGAGAGAAAAUAGAGACGACAAUGCUGCUCAAAAAGCUUCUCCUGAGCUACAAAUUAGGAAUCCACAGAGCCUGUCAAACCCAAAUCCGAAUGAGAAUGCACAAUCGACUAUGCAGAUGCCUGAGAGGAUUUCAUCUCCGAUGCGGGCUCCACCUGUUAAGCCGGUGAAGCAGGCCAAGCCAAAGGCAAAGGACCCGAACAAGAGGGAAAUGAGCAUGGAAGAAAAGCACAAGCUGGGUCUUGGGUUGCAGAGUUUGCCGCCGGAGAAGAUGGAACAGGUUGUUCAGAUUAUAAGAAAGAGGAAUGGGCAUUUGACGCAGGACGGUGAUGAGAUUGAGCUCGAUAUUGAGGCUAUGGACACAGAGACUCUUUGGGAGCUUGAUCGGUUUGUGACCUAUUAUAAGAAGAUGGUUAGCAAGAUUAAACGGCAAGCUCUAAUGGGUAUCAUUGUACCUGCCAAUGAAGUCCACGAGGAGGAUGUACCUGCAAAUGAGAGGAUUGAAGUUGCAGCAGAGGCUAAGAAGCCGAAGAAAGGGGAUGCAGCUGGGGAUGAAGAUGUGGACAUUGGUGAUGAGAUGCCAAUGAGCAACUUCCCACCAGUGGAGAUUGAGAAAGACAAUGGCCAUGCCAGCAGUGAUUCAAGCAGCUCCAGCAGUUCAAGCAGUGAUUCAUCCUCAUCAAGUGAUUCAGAUUCAGGGAGCUCAUCAGGGAGCGAUUCUGAUGAUGCACAAUCUUGACAUUUCAGAUUGUGAAGAAUGAGGAAUGAGGUUGAGGGACGCUUCGAAGUUUGGGUGAUAUGUAUGAGGAAGUGUGUGUGUAUUCUUGUGCUGAACUGCGUUUGGAGGAAUUGGUUGAUGGUUUUGUGGCUGGAAGUGUGGUUGAAUUGUUGCUUUAUGUUGGAGAGGAAGGCUUGGAAAGCUAAGGGAAGAAGCCCCGGUGUGUGUUUUCUUGUGCUGAACUGGCUUUGGAGGAGUUGGUUGAUGGCUUUGUGGCUGGAAGUGUGGUUGAAUUGUUGCUUUAUGUGGGAGAGCAAGGCUUGGAAAGCCGAGGGAAGAAGUCCCCGGUAGGUUUUAGACUUGAGAGAUAGUAGGGAAAAUUAGUGAACAGAGUUGGUUAAGUAGUCAGAGAGAAUUAGAAGGCAUGAAAUACUUUGUACACAUUACAACACCUAUAAUACAUGAGUUUCAUCUCUGCAUUGUGAAA